AUGCCCGCAGUCAAGGGCGAUGGCAUGCGGGGGUUGGCCGUGUUCAUCUCCGACAUCCGCAACUGCAAGAGCAAAGAAGCCGAGCUGAAGCGGAUCAACAAGGAGCUCGCCAAUAUCCGCAGCAAAUUCAAAGGUGACAAGACGCUCGAUGGGUAUCAGAAGAAAAAGUACGUCUGCAAGCUGCUCUUCAUCUUCCUGCUCGGCAAUGACAUCGACUUUGGCCACAUGGAGGCGGUCAAUUUGCUGUCGUCGAACAAGUACACAGAGAAGCAGAUUGGCUACCUCUUCAUCUCGGUCCUCAUCGAGCAGAACUCGGAUUUGAUGAAGCUCAUCGUUCAAGCUAUCCGGAAUGAUUUGACCUCCCGCAAUCCGGUGCACGUGAACCUGGCCCUGCAGUGCAUCUCGAAUAUUGGCUCCCGGGAUAUGGCCGAAGCUUUUGCUCAGGACCUACCAAAGCUGCUCGUCUCCGGCGACACGAUCGACUUCGUCAAGCAAUCCGCCGCGCUCUAUCAUGCUUCACGCAUCGUACACCUGCUCAACGAUUCACACAUGGGCGUCGUCACCUCAGCCGCGUCGUUGAUCGAGGCUCUUUCGAAGCGAUGGCCAGAGGACUACCGCGGCUGCGUAUCGCUCGCCAUCUCCAGGCUCAGUCGCAUCGUCACGUCCACCUACACCGAUUUGCAGGACUACACAUAUUACUUUGUGCCGGCACCAUGGCUUUGUGUGAAGCUCCUGAGGUUGCUGCAGAAUUAUCCGCCACCUGAAGAUCCCUCGAACAAGGCGAGACUGCUCGAGUGCCUCGAGGGCAUCCUCAACAAGGCCCAGGAUGCGCCAAAGUCCAAGAAGGUCCAGCACUCGAACGCGAAAAAUGCGGUGCUUUUUGAGGCUAUCGCUCUGAUCAUCCACAUGGACAGCGAGCCUAACCUGUUGGUCCGGGCCUGCAACCAGCUCGGCGCCUUCCUGACCCACCGCGAAACCAACUUGAGAUACCUCGCCCUCGAGUCGAUGUGUCUGCUUGCGACGUCCGAGUUUUCCCAUGAAGCGGUAAAGAAACACCAGGAGACGAUCAUCACGUCGUUGAAAACCGAGCGGGACGUCUCCGUACGCCAGCGGGCCGUCGAUCUGCUGUACGCGAUGUGCGAUCGAACAAAUGCCGGGGACAUCGUCCAGGAGAUGCUCGCCUACUUGGAGACGGCGGACUAUUCGAUUCGCGAAGAGAUGGUGUUGAAAGUCGCCAUCCUCGCCGAAAAGUACGCCACCGACUACACGUGGUACGUGGACGUCAUCCUGAAGCUGAUCCGCAUCGCCGGCGACUACGUUAGCGAAGAAGUCUGGUACCGUGUCAUUCAGCAUCAACACACGCUGUCUGCUCCUCACCACCUACGUCAACCCUGCAACUUGUUCCCGGAGAUCAAGCACGUCAUCCAGGAGGUCUUCCGCACCGAUCACAACCUCCGGAACCCUGACGCCGAGCUGCAACAACGUGCCGUUGAGUACCUGCAGAUGAGCCGUGUGGCAUCGCCGGAUGUGUUGGCCACAAUCCUCGAGGAGAUGCCCCCAUUUGCCGAAAAGGAGAGCUCUCUCCUCGCCAAGCUCAAGAAGCACAAGCCACAAGUGGAGGAGCUGGAGACGGCCAAGCCCAUCGACGCCUCGGUGGGCCCGAUGGCUCAGGUGCAGCAGUUGAUCAACUUCGUCUGCGUGCAAGAGUUCAACCGCAUGCCGAUUCUGCAGAUUUCCUUCAAUUACACUCAAACUGCCGGCGGGGCUGCGCGCUUCGACAAAUUCUUCUAUCUGCCGAUUUUCAUCAACAAGUUCUUCGAGCCGACGGACAUGACCAGCGAGACGUUCUUUGCCAGAUGGAAAGCCCUCGGGAUCCCGUCGCAAGAGAGCCAAAAGAUCUUCACGGCCAAGCACCCGAUCGACACGGCGGCCGUCAAUGCAAAGCUAACCGGCGUCGGCGCCAAACUGCUCGUCGACGUCGACCCGAACCCGGAUAAUUUCGUCUGUGCCGGCAUCAUCCACACGCAGACCCAGCAGAUUGGCACGCUGAUCCGGCUGGAGCCCAACAAGCAGGCCAAGAAAUAUCGGCUGACCGUCCGCUCAAGCAAGGACACCGUGUCGCGCUACCUGUGUGACGUGCUGGCCGAGCUGUUC